GGACGAUGGUUGCUGCAGAUAUGUGGAAGGAGUGUGGAUCCACAACUUGUUCCAAGAAGAAAACGUUCGGUCAGCCAUGAGAUACAAACCGCGACGAGGUGACGUCGUGCUCGUAACCUACCCCAAGUGCGGCACUAAUUGGACGCAGUUCAUCAUUUGGAACAUUCUGAACAACGCCGAGACCCUCGCUGACCCUGCCGAAUUCAAUCUCAUGUGCCCUUUCAUCGAGUUGACCGGAGCCGGAGCUGCAAAUAAUCCAAAGAGGCGCGGUGGAAUCACGACUCACUUGCCCAUGAGAGCAUUUCAACCCGUGGAAUGGGCAAAGUACAUCUACGUAGCGAGGAACCCGUACGACUGCGCAGUCUCCUACUACCACUUCUCGAAAGGGCUGACGCCGAAGACGUUUACUGAUGUUUCUUUCGAGAGGUUUCUAUCCCUCUUCACCUCCGGCAAGGCCAUCUAUGGGGACUAUUUUGAUCAUCUCCUACCAUGGUACGAGCGCCGAGACGACGCCAACAUUCUCUUCAUCACAUACGAACAGCUCAAGGCAGACACUAGGGGAGAAGUGCUCAAGAUUGCAGAUUUUCUAGGAGAACAUUACGGAGCAGCCCUGCGCGAAGACGAAUCACUUUUGCAGAGAGUCAUUACUGCUUGCAGUCUCGAGAACAUGAAGGCUUUCUUUACGGACAAGCCAAUGGAACGGGUGAAAAAUGCGUUGGAAUUUGCACCAAAAGAUAAUGGAGAAAAUGGAAAGUCCUUGUCUAGAAAGGCAAAAACGUUUCCAGGUGGAGCCGGUGAUCUACACGAGGGGCCCGGAUACGUUCGGAAAGGAAUAGUUGGUGACUGGAAAAACUACUUCACCUCAGAACAGAUUCAGCGAGCGAAAGCAUGGAUAGAAAGAAAGAGUCACGGAAAAGACGUCAUGAGUAUCUGGGAGAACUGUGGCCUGCCGUGAAAAAAAGAUGCCGGUGAUUUGUAUUCCCAUUAAUUGGAA